AUGUAUUGUUAUGUUGUUGCGUGGGGAGUGGGAAUACCCAUAUACAUAUGGUACGACAGUUAUCCCACCCACAGUGGAGAGGGUUAUGAAGGCCGAGUGUCGAGAGUCAGUCCUGACUCACCCUACGGGCUCGCUUCGCUCAAUCUCACAGAUAUUCGUGAGUCCGAUCAGGGAUGGUACGAGUGUAAGGUGGUCUUCCUCAACAGAUCACCCAACUCGCAUAAAAAUGGAACGUGGUUCCACUUGGACGUUCAUGCUCCGCCACGCUUCAGUGUUACUCCAGAGGACAUAAUAUAUGUAAACCUGGGAGAUGCUAUAAUUCUAAAUUGCCAAGCAGAGGGGACGCCUACGCCAGAAAUACUUUGGUAUAAAGAUGCUAAUCCCGUCGAGCCUUCGGCAACAAUAGGUAUAUUUAAUGAAGGAACUGAACUCAGGAUAUCAAGUAUUAGACAUGAAGAUAUAGGAGAUUAUACUUGUAUAGCAAGAAACGGGGAAGGACAAAUUAGUCAUACUGCUAGAGUUAUUAUAGCAGGUGGAGCUGUUAUAAUGGUACCUCCAACAAACCAAACCAAAUUGGAGGGUGAAAAAGUUCAAUUCACUUGUGAGGCUAAAGCUCUGCCUGGUAAUGUCACGGUGAAAUGGCUUCGAGAAGGAGUGCCAAUAUUGGAAGUUGCUUCUCUUGAGACACGAGUAACCACGAGAAGAGAUGGAUCGUUAAUUGUCAACCCCGUGAAUGCCGAUGAUUCGGGAUUGUACACUUGCGAGGUUACUAACGGAAUCGGUGAACCUCAAAGUGCUUCUGCUUAUUUAAACGUAGAAUUUCCUGCCAAGGUUACAUUCACCCCAACCGUACAAUAUCUUCCAUUCCGUUUGGCUGGUGUAGUUCAAUGUUUUAUUAAAGCAAAUCCUCCUCAUCAGUAUGUGACGUGGACCAAAGAUAAACGACUAUUGGAACCUUAUCAAACCAAAGAUAUCGUUAUUAUGAAUAAUGGAUCUCUUCUUUUUACGAGGGUAAAUCAAAAUCAUCAAGGACGUUAUACUUGUACCCCUUAUAAUGCUCAAGGAACGCAGGGUUCUUCAGGUCCCAUGGAAGUUUUAGUGCGUAAACCUCCUGUUUUCGUCGUGGAGCCAGAAAGUCUGUAUCAAAAAAAAGUAGGAGAAACUGUUGAGAUGCACUGCGAAGUACAAGAAGCCGAAGGAACUCAAAAACCAACCGUACAAUGGCAAAGAAGAGACGGUGCUCCGUUACAAAAAAAUAGAAUAAGAAUUAGCGGUGGUAACAUUACCAUAGAAUCAUUAAGAAGGUCUGAUUUUGGAUUUUAUCAAUGUGUUGCCAGUAACGAAGUAGCUACCAUAGUCGCAGCCACUCAGUUAGUUGUAGAAGGAACUCAACCUCACGCACCAUAUAACGUUUCCGGAAAUGCUAGUGAAUUUGCCGUUACGCUUUCGUGGUUACCAGGAUACAGUGGCGGACCUGAUUACAAACAGGACUAUACCAUAUGGUAUCGAGAAGUAGGGGCUUCAGAGUGGUCAACCAUUCCGGUCACGCCAUCUGGAAGUACUCAAGUGACUAUAAACAGAUUAACGCCGAGUACUUCAUACGAAUUUCAAGUAAUUGGUAAAAAUGCAUUAGGAGAUGGAAUGCUUAGUAAAGUUAUCACCGUAAGAACUCAAGAUGUUGGAAUAACUCGUACCGUAUCGAAUCCGGUUGUAUCAGAAAAAGAUUUUAUACCAGCCCCUGAAGAUUCUGGUCCCAGACCCGGACCCCCUAAAAAUUUAACCGUGACCGAAAUUAAUAAUGGCUUCCUUAUAUCGUGGGAACAACCUAACGAAAGAGCUAAUCUUGUACUUCAUUAUACAAUUAAAUACAGGACGGAUGCUCAAUGGAAAACUCUUAAUAAGGGAACAAUAAGACCGGAGGAAACCCAAUAUCUCGUUAAAAAUUUGGUGGGUGGAAGAACAUAUUAUUUUCGCGUCCUCGCCAAUUCUCGUACUAGUUACGAAAGUUCAGAAGAAGUUAAAUUUCCCGUUCCUGCAAGAGUUAAACAUAAAGCAAUCAAAGCCGGUGUUGUCGGAGGUUUUUUAUUUUUCAUCGUAGCCAUUAUUUUAUCCGUUUGCGCCGUCAAAAUAUGUAACAAAAGAAAAAGGAGACGACAGGAAAAGGCAUACAACAUGGUUGCUUGUCGCAUUACAGAUGGUAGAAAUGGUGGACAAUUAUCCGGGGCAACGCAAGUGCCUUUGAAAAACCGACAUAAUGAAGGCGGAAUAUCAGGUGUGAUGAACGUGUUAAAAAUCAUUUCCCAUUGGUUGCCUGGUAGAGGUAGCAGAGUUCAAGGAGACGGACAAGAUGGGCCGGAGGGUUACGAAGAAUCGAAACAUUUGGGAAGCAUAAGUAGAUCCGCGGAUGGGAGAUUCGUUGUGGAUACAACAGCUAGGAAUAGCAUAGCAAGUGGAUCGAGCAGUAGCGACGACGGUGGAUUUUUAACUCGUCAAACCGGACUUCGCGUGAGAGCUUUCGACCGAGCAUCGUGGCGAAGACCUUUGGUCGCAUAUCCGAGCGAAUUGAGUUUGAGAUCGGACGGUACGGGACAGAGUAAUUUUGGAGAGCAUAAUAUUUUAAGGUAUUUAAGAGAGAAAUCACCGAGUCCGUUUUUUAAAGUACCUGCUUCACCGCUAACCACACCCACAUCAAGUGUUCUUGCGUACGGUCGAAGAAAAGGUUAUGCUUAUUCUUCGGCAUCUAGCGCGACUAGACGUUUUCCUCCAAAAUCACCUAGUCAGGCCUCUCAGUCACCGUAUUUUCAAAGACUGCCGCAAAUACCAGUUAUUUAUUCAAAUAGAAAUCAUCAUCCGGUAAAUUAUGGCGUCAUAUUUUCACCUUCGUUAAUAAAAUCACCGACGACGGCGACACUUCCGAGAAUAAUUUCAAGCUCACCGACAAAUUCGCAAAAUAUAACGCCGGCGUGGUCUCCAUCUUAUAAUUUUUCCGAUUUGAGUUCGGUACCGGUGCCCAGUUCGGGUGAUAGAUCAUUUCCCAGUUCCAUAUCACAAAAUCGACCCAAUUAUAUUCAGUUGAGAAAUGUCCACGAGAGGUACGCUCAAGAAUUACCCUCUCUUCGGGCCAUUCACGAAGAAACAUCGAGGCUUCCUCAAGAGGCUGCUUUUUUUCUUCCCGUACAACCCUCACCGCCGAGAAUUCGUAUUCCCUCCGGUUGGAAUGAUUACAGAUCGAAAUCAAGACUACCUCCUCGUAACGCUCGUCAGGCACUCAGUGCACCCGAACUUACUCGUGCUCACGACGAUCCCGUGACAUCGACGGGAUUACUAAUGGAAACAUCACCGGAAAGUAGAUCGAGUUCGAGCGGUUUCGGUAGCAAAAACACAUUUUCCCAACAGAAUCAAAGUUCCCAAAGCGGCGGGAGUGCGAACGAAUGGAGAAUUCCUCACUACAGGGGAAAUUCAGGUACGAUUCCCGCGACUCACGCUCCCCAACAAUCACGAGUACAAAUCCCAUCAUCACAUCAAUACAUUUCAAACUUUUCACCGCAUUUAUCAUCCGAACUACAAAUGCCAUAUUUAAUAAAAGACUGGUUUGACAUAACGGCCGAUAUUCAGGAAACGUCACCCGCUAGCGACCUGACAAAGGUCGACGCAUCCGUUGACGGUCACUACGAAUUCGAUGCGGCUUUUCCCGCUUCUCCUACUCCACCGAUAUCAGUUCCUAUAUCUUAUCCGAGGUCUACCUUUUCGACGGAUGAUGUGAUACAAUAUCCGACCACCCUUUAUCCUCCCGUCAACACUCCAGGCGCUUUAAGACCCAAAAGGACUAGCAAAUACGAUAACAUCGAAGCUCGCGUUCAGGCAAUGAAAGAAGAAUACUACGCGUUCAGAAGAAGACAAGAAAAAAGAAAAUUCAGUGAAAAAUUAGAAAGUGUUUGCUGA